UGUCAGCAGCAGCAGGAGUUGUGACCAAAGUAGUUGCUGGCACAGGAGCAAGUGAGCAACUGGACUGCGGCCAGUUGGAGCGACAAAUGUUUGCCAAACGGAUGUGUAGAUUAGGCCAGAACACUCGUCCGUCAGUCGACUAAACAAUAGCAGACACAACAAUAACAAUAACAAUGGCCAGAACCUUUUGCAAUAUGUGCAGAAGAAGAGCAACAACAACAACAACAACAGCAACAGCAGCAGCAAUAACAGCUGCAACCAGCACAGCAUCCGGCAAUGCGUCGGCUGACCUCACCAACAUACACUGUGGCAACAGCAGCAGGAGCAGGCUGAUGUGGCUGUGGCUGUGGCAAGGACAACGCUUAAACUUGCGCAUAUUUAAACUUUUGAUUAGCUACUGCGUCCUAAUGUGCAGCAUUUAUCCAAAUGCCUGGCAAGUGUCCAUUGGCCAUCGGGUCAUGGCCGGCAGUAUUAAAGGCCGCGGCGAUACCCAUAGAGUCGAUGAGUUUGGCAUUCCAGCCGGCAUCUCUGGCUCACUCACACGCUCCUGGCUAACGCAGAGCAAUAAUCAUGCAAAUAUAUCCGAGCUGCUAGACAAUUUAUUGCGUGGCUAUGAUAAUAGCAUUCGGCCGGAUUUUGGUGGUCCGCCUGCCACAAUUGAAGUCGACAUAAUGGUGCGUAGCAUGGGUCCUAUAUCGGAGGUGGAUAUGACCUACUCAAUGGAUUGUUACUUUCGCCAAUCCUGGGUGGAUAAACGUCUCGCCUUCGAGGGCGCCCAGGAUACGCUGGCGUUGUCAGUCUCAAUGUUGGCGCGCAUUUGGAAGCCGGAUACGUAUUUUUACAAUGGCAAACAGAGCUACUUGCACACAAUAACGACCCCGAAUAAGUUUGUGCGCAUUUAUCAGAACGGACGUGUGUUAUACUCAAGUCGACUGACGAUUAAGGCCGGCUGCCCCAUGAAUCUCGCUGAUUUUCCCAUGGAUAUACAGAAGUGUCCACUGAAAUUUGGCUCAUUUGGUUACACCACAUCGGAUGUCAUUUAUCGCUGGAACAAAGAGCGUCCUGCAGUUGCCAUUGCGGAGGACAUGAAAUUGUCACAAUUCGAUUUGGUCGAUUGUCCGGCGGGUAAUUUAACGGACAUUGUUUACAAGGCAGCCGCACCCAUGCCCGAGCAUUAUAACAACAAGGACACACCGUCCAGCAAGCAGCAGCUGAACAGCAACAAAGCGAUGACAACUUUCGCCGGACCUGGUGCCAAAAAUCAACAUGUACGUGGCACUGGCUUAAAGCUGGACAAAGGUGCCUUUGGUUCGGGCAAGGGAGUAGCUGGCAGUGGCGGCGGAUUGGUAACCAAUUUGGCUGGCAGCAUAACGCUGGAGACACAUCAUCCUUCGGAGUACUCCAUGCUAAUGGUCAACUUUCAUCUGCAGCGUCACAUGGGCAACUUUUUGAUACAGGUCUAUGGUCCUUGCUGCCUGCUAGUGGUGCUCAGCUGGGUAUCCUUCUGGCUGAAUCGUGAGGCGACUGCAGAUCGCGUUUCGCUUGGCAUUACCACAGUGCUGACCAUGACAUUCUUGGGCCUGGAGGCACGCACCGAUCUGCCAAAGGUGUCCUAUCCCACCGCGCUGGACUUUUUUGUGUUUCUAUCCUUUGGCUUCAUCUUUGCCACCAUACUACAGUUUGCUGUGGUCCACUACUUUACCAAAUAUGGCUCGGGCGAGUGCUAUUUCAUCAUUGAGGAGCUCGACACCGACUCGGCAGAGUCUGAAACGGACGUGGAUGCCAGCGGACCGUCGGAUUUUCGCGGCAGCAGCGAGUCCAAGAUCUAUGAAGUCAUACCGCUAUCCAUGUGUGCCAUCAAUAUGCCACACUCCGGCAUGGGCAUGUUGCGCUCCAGACGCAGCACGCGCAAUCGUCGCCAUGGCCUAACAGGAUUCAGUUUUUGGCGCUGCUUGGAUUGGUUUGGCAAUCGCCGGCAGCGCCAGCCACGCAAAGCUGCGCUCUCCGAUGAGGAGGAUGAUGAGCAAACCCAGCUGCGCACCGAUGAAAUGCCCUGCACCUCAGCAGCUGCGGCGGCGGCGGCGGCAGCAGCAGCAGCAGCUUCAACUGCGCAGAGCGCGACGCCAAGCGGACGGCGUCGCAUGUCCUUUUAUAGACGCGAGGAGAUGGAGGCGCGACGUAAGGGCAAACGUACGCCGCAAUACAAUUCGGUGUCCAAAAUAGAUCGCGCCUCGAGAAUUGUGUUUCCAUUGUUGUUCUUCCUGAUUAAUGUGUUCUACUGGUACGGUUACCUGUCCAGGAGCUCGCGCAUACUGGCGAAUGCGCCAACGAGCACCUGAUGUUACCUUUUAGCAAUUUAGACACAGUCCUUAAAGAAAUCAAGGAGACACACAAAGCGUUAACUAUGAAGAGCAGCGACCGAGGCAGCAAAAUGAAAUAGGAAGAGGAUUGACUGGGGGUGGCAAAGUAUCCAUAUGUUGAUAAUUAAAUGGCUUCAAUUAUUUGCUCUUUAUCUGAUUUGCUUACUAACAACUAUGAACGCUUUUUGGGAUUUCUUUACGCGCUAAAUUGCUAAAUAUUCACUGCUAAAUUUACAUAUCAAGGACUACAAAUUUCGAGGAUAUUCUUAUCCAACCAAUUUCAGCGCAAUUUCAAUUGUGAAAUUGUUUUGAAAUUGGCAUACGAAACUUUCAAACUAUAUAAUUUGUACAUAAGUUGC